GCGCAAUAUUUUGAUGGCGGCGGCCAUGAUGCCUGUUCCGGAGACCAAUAGCCAUGGUACAGACAGCCCAAACUACAGAGACAAAUACAAAACUUUGAAAAGAAAACUUAAAUUCCUGCUUUAUGAACAGGAAUACUUCCAAGAAGAGCUCAGAAGAGUGCAAAAGAAGCUACUUCGUGUUUCUAGAGACAAAAGCUUUUUGCUUGAUAGACUUCUGCAUUAUGAAAAUGUGGAUCAUUCCUCAUCUGAUGACGAUGGUACAGCAUCUUCCUCAGGAGUCAGUGAUAGUGAGGGACCAAAGGUACCCAUUGCAGAAAAUCCACCACCAUCAAGCAACAACAGUAGACCGAAGAAGACACAGGUUGUAAAUCAUGGAAUUCCAGCAGAUAGUAUGGGCAUGUUUCCCUAUCCAUCUUCAGAUGGAACAAGCAGUGCAGGAGGUGAAUUAGCAGCUGCUUCAAAUAAGAAGAGUAUACAAUGUCAAUAUGUAAAUAAUGGUACUGGUGAUCAGUGUCAAGAGAGAAUCAGUAAAAGAUCCAAGUCAGGGUACUGUUCUGCGCAUAGAUCAGUUAUACGCAUCUCUAAGCAAGCAGGAGGGACACCACCUAAACAACUGAACACAAACACCAAACCUAUUCUGGAGUCACAACGAGACAACUCUUCCAUGGUGGACCAACAACAACUGGAGCGCCUUAAUCAACUUUCUGAGUCAAGCAGUUGUACAACUUCUCAGGUGCCACAGGCCACUGAAGAACUACCACAGGAGAUGUUUAAUGUAGAAGAUGAUGAAAGAGACAGUGAAAAUGAAGAUUCUCCUGGUUCGUCAAGUUUCCAUGGCAACAUAUAUGAGGGUGAUGAUGAUCUUGUAAUUGACUUACCCGAAUAGAGAAAAAUGAUUUGACCAUAAUAAAAUCAAACGUUCAUUUUUUUA